GCAUGUAGUAUUUAUAUUUAUUUAUUUAUUUAUUUAUCUGAAACGCAAGAAGAUUAGGUUGAAGAAAAGAAAAACCCCACCGCUACUAAAGUCUCAAUCUGUUUGAAAUUCCGUUUCGUGUCGUCGUCUGUUUGAAAUUCGAAGGUCCUUAUCGCGUUCGGCUUAUCAAUUUAUUUGGUUUAAAAGACUAUGGACUCAUCUACAUCGCAGCAGACGACAGACACCGUCAAUGAAAGUUUACCUGCUAUACCUGUGGUGCCAUAUGACCGGUUGUUCCCUUUCUUGUUUCCCCAUAUUGACCAAGACAAAGUCGAUGAAAUUCAAGCUUUAUUCGAGAAAUAUAAGAGAGAUGAAAUAAUACCCAAGUCUAGGUUUUUCGCGCGUGUGACAGACAUUGUGGGAAUGCAGCUGGUUUAUUCAGCAACGAUGCAACUGCACGAACAACAGAAUAAAAAUCGUCAGGUCCCAGUCAAUGAACAGUUUACAACACAACAGAUGAGUAAUCUACAAAUCACAGACACAGUCAAUGAACUUCAAGUUUUAUUCAACAUGUUGCCAUAUGACCAAGACAAAGUCGAUGAGAUUCAAGCUUUAUCCGAGAAACCGAGAGAUGAACAGGCAGACAUUGUGUCUACUUUUUCCCCACUUAUGACAGACAUUUUGGAGGAGCAGCUGGUUUCACCAUCAUUGGCACAAAUGCAAGAACAGAAAAGCAAUCUACAAGUCACAGUCAAUGAACAACCUAGAACCCAAAUCAAUUCUAGUAAAGUGGUGUUGACAUUUGAUCAGCUGUUCCAUCUCCUGGCUCCCCAAAUUGGCAUAGAGAAAACCAUUGACCUUUACUAUUUUGGUAAAAAAUGCCAGAGAGGUGAGAUACCCAAGUGUAAUAUUACACCGCUUAUGAAAGACAUUGUUGGGGAGCCAGCUUUUAGAUCAGCAGUAGCAACACUUCUAAGACAGAAAAGCAGUCAACAAGUCACAGUCAAUGAACAACCUGGAACCCAAAUCAAUUCUGGUAAACCGGUGGCGACAUUUUACGAUAUAUAAGAAACGAACAAAUUCUUCGGGCACGUCUCUCUAGAAGUAUGAAUGCUGCUACAGACUGUUCUCAUAAUACCUGAGUUUGGACAGGGUGUGUAGGUUAAUUUAAUUCACAUUGCUGGACCCUGAUAAAGUGUUGUUGGUAUGUGUGUGAUAUUAAUAUAGCAAGUUGUGAGUUGGUUAAAUGUUGAUGGAUUUUGUCAGCUUCCUUUUGGAACCUUGUUCUUUGCUCCUACUUAUUAUAUGAAAAUGUGGUCUAGUCAUUUAAUUUAUUAGAAUGGAUUUCAAAGCUCAUGAAUUUGAUUGGUGAUUGGUGUAUCUGUCAUGAGUUUGUGAACCUGAUAUUGAAGUUAAUGAACCAUAUAUGUAUUAUUCAAAUAAUCUUACAUAAUUGAAUUCUAAACCAUGCAUCCAUGUUUACCAGA